AUGGCGACCUGUACUUAUAACGCACGUACGCUUGCAUCGGAAGCGGCCAUCGAAGAUCUGAUGAUGCAAGCCAAGAAGAUCAAGUACGACGUCAUCGGACUGACUGAGACGAGACGACGCCACCCUCUCAACGCCGUAUAUGAAACUGGAGAAGAACUGUUCGAACAACUUACGACCCGAAUCGGACGUCUGCGGAUGGGAACACCAGCUUUGACUAUCUUCGUCGCUUACGCUCCAACAUCAAGCUACAAUGAAGAAGAAGUCGAAGCUUUCUAUAUGGACCUGAAGAAGUUCUACCGAAAAAAUCAUGCUUUCUACAAGAAGCCCUCCUCUCUACGCUGGACAUGGGAGUCACCCGGUGGAGGGUACCGUAAUGAAAUAGACCACAUCAUCGUCAUUAGAAGGUUCUGCCUGACGGACGUCGCUGUUGUACCAAAGUUCUAUACGGGAUCGGACCAUCGCCUCAUCCGAGGAAGAUUUUCCUUCACAAGGAGAGCAGAAAAAGCCGCAAAGUUUAGGGAGGGAAAUCACAGAACUAUCAUCAACUGGGACCUCUUCGCUACGUUAGCAGGUUUUUGCGAAGAUUCCGCAAUGGACAAGGAACAUGACCGGCUCGUUGAACAACUUCACGACUGCGCGAAGAAGGCUGAGAGUUCUAAAACCACCAAGAGACGCCUGCCUCUUGAAACUCUUGAGCUGAUACGCCGGCGUGGAGCAGCACGAGCCGCAGGGAACCAAGAACUCACGUCCGAGCUCGCAAGGCUUUGCAGAGAGGCGAUAAAGGAAGACCUUAAAGAGAGAAGAGCAGAAGUACUGGCUGAAGCUGCAGAGGCGGCCGCUAUACCUGUCGAGACUUCGCCAGUCGCAAGGCGAAGAUGA